AACCGGGGCGAGGCGUCCCCCGCCGUGCCGCGCGGCCGGAAGUGGCGCGCGCGGGGAGACGUGUCGGAGCGGCGGGACCGGAGCGUGAGCGCGGGGCACCGGGGAAAGCGGACACCGGGGAGCCAGGACAGGAGAUGAUCACGGACGUGCAGCUCGCCAUCUUCGCCAACAUGCUGGGCGUCUCGCUCUUCCUGCUCGUCGUGCUGUACCACUACGUGGCCGUCAACAACCCCAAGAAGCAGGAGUGAGGAGCCCGCGGCGCCAUGGCCGUGCCGCUCCCGCCGCCCGUCCCUCCCUCCCGCGGGGCUGUCCCGGAGGCGCGAGGCCGAGCUCCUUCCAAACCACCUUUAACGGAAACGCGAUGAUUCACGACAAAA